UCGCCUGGACUCGCCUGGACUCGGCGAGUCCGAGUGCGAGUCACCCUCGCCGAGUCCUGGGGACUCGGACUCGGACUCUGCCGAGUCCAGGAGCCAGACUCGCCAGACUCGCCGAGUUUGGCGAGUUUGGCCCAAACUCGCCAAACUCGGCGAGUCCCGUGCCUGGGACUCGGCCGGCGGCGAAGUCAAUGAAAAGUUAAAAAAAAAACAAUUUUAAAUGGUUUUUUUGACUUGUUUUUUUUGUGUUAUUUUUGUUUUAUACCUAAAAGUGACUUUCAUUUCAUUCAUUUGCAAAAAUAGGAGGAGUAAAGUGAGAUAAAAAGAAUAACAAGGGUGCAUUGAAGAAAAACCAGCAAGGAAGAUUUCUUCAAUUUCUUCAAUUUUCUUCAAGAGUUCUAAGAGCAACCUUCACAUUCUUAUUUGCCUCAAGUUUCACAAAACAAUCAUACAAUGUCCUCUUCUAGACCUCCCAUUAGAAAGGACCCUGCUUGGAAAUAUCAUGAGGAUUUUCCAGGGCAAAGAAAAGGGCAAACAAAGUGUAUAUUUUGCAAAACAAUAUUCCAUGGAGGCAUAUAUAGAUUGAAAUACCAUAUUGCUGGUGUGCGUGGGCAUGAUGCCGACCCAUGCACAAAAGCAGUCACUGAGGCCGUACGUGAUUGCUAUGUAAUGGUUGAAGAAAUUGAAAGGAAAAGGAAAGAAAAAGAGGAUCUCACAGUCAUUGGGAGACAUGCACCUUUAGGAACAGGGACACAAUUAGGUUGUGUUGGAGGGCCUUCUUCCUUACCUUCAUAUCGUCCCACUCAUUUUGCUACUACUCAUGCUUCCGGUUCUGCUUCUAUAAGUGCCAGUGCCAGUGCCUCUGCCCCUUCUCAUGUUCCUAGCACUGGCAGUGGUAGUGGGAGUGUUAGCAUUGGACCUAGGAUUCGUAAAUCUAGGUUGGAUACCUUUUUUGCACCUCGCACUACUCCUGGGUCCCAACAGUCACUUGAGAACAUGGGUUGGAACAAGGAGGUCCAUGAUGCUGCUAAAAUGGCAGUUGGCAGAUUUUGGAUCUAUGGCAGUAUUCCAUUCUUCACAGCCAGGUCACCUUAUUGGCAAGAAAUGGUUGAUGCCCUUACCAUUUGUGGGGCGGGGUUCAAAGCCCCUUCUAAGUUUGAUUUGAGGGGACCCAUUUUGACUGAAUUGUUGAAUGAUGUGAAGAAAGAAUUGGGUGAUCAACGCCAAAUAUGGAGCACUAAAGGUUGCACCAUCAUGACUGAUGGUUGGACAGACAGGAGAAAUAGAACUCUCCUUAAUUUUCUUGUUUCUUCCGCAGGUGAUUGAUUAAUUUUAGUUUCAUUUAGG